AUGGGGAAUGAGGGGAAGAAGGGAGAGGAGGGACGAGAGAAAAGUGUUCCGCGAAGCGGUAGCGUCUUUCCGCCUGGCCCUUCCCUUCGCGACCCUGGUCCCCGCUCCCGUCCGGGCGAGCGCUGGAAGCCCUUCUGCGCCGGGGGGGUUGCGGGGACCGGGCGCGGGGACUGGGCGCGGGGCGGGCUCCCGCGCCGGCACAUGGCCGCAGCCGCCCCUAGCGCACCCCGAGGCGCCGCGCCCAGCUCGUCCAAGGUCCGUCGGCUGCGCCCAGCCGCCCCGGAGCCCUGCAGCGCCUGAGCGGGGAAGCGCCCGCGCCCGGGCAU